GAUUUCUAUGUAGGCUCAGGGAAGGGAGCAAGUCAACUUAUUCAAAGCCCUCUGAGCAUCAGCCUCCCAUUUAGCAUAUUCUGCUUCUCUCUCUUUUAUCCUGCAGGCACCAGCACUACUGGGGAAGGCACAUCAGUUUGCCGCUCAAGGAGGUGGAUUUGGCAGUGCCUGGACUUGGGCUUGCAAGGACACUCUUUUGCUAUCUAGGGAAAUUGGGAAUUAUUUCCUUGGUACCAGCAGGAAAAAAGUUUUCUACAGACAUGUCAUUGGAAAUGACUGCCUUACAGCUGGGAUUCUGUCAAUAUAUCCUAGUGCAGUUGAGAUGCAUACAUGUGGCUUAUUCCAACAGGUGAGGGGAAACACUCCCUUGGGGGAAUCAUUCGAAUUUUUAUCUAAGAAACCCUCCUCGAGACCCUUAUGUAGAGUACAUGUUUGGAAAUGUCAAGCUGGAAAGAAGAGACCUCACAGAGCCCAAAGCAUAGCUUUAACCAAUACUUCUACUGCACAGUUUGUCUUGUAAGGUAUAUGCCAGGAGCUUUGUUUCCAUGAAAGGCAUGAACAUUUUACAAACUGUCACAUUUUAAUUCUGAAUAAUAAAAAGAAGAAAAUGAAAGCUAUGAUUAUAUAUUGCGUAUGGGCAAAUGAAGAGCAGCAUUUCACACGCAGGGCCAUCACAGCAUUUUAUCUGGAAUAUCAGUCCACAAUUCAAGGGCUAUGAGAUCAUUUUAUUCCAGUACAUGGAGACAGGUUUGGUACUAACAUCACACUACGAUUAACUGAAAUAAACAAAAGAAGUAAUUUCAACUCAAGCAAUGACUGAAGCCUAUUUUAAAUACAGAGGAAACCGAACUAUCUUUGUUCAGCAAUUUCCCACAGUAACAACAGAGGCAACCCCUACCACUGCAGAUAAAUAUUCCACCUUGUACAUGUACGUGGGCUUAUUUCUUGGACUCCUAGCCAUGCUGCUUUUUUUGCUGUUCAUUAUGCUUUUACGUAUUAAACAUGUCAUCUCACCCAUCACUCCUAAUACAGAGAGCACAGACAACAUGCCACAGUUCACUGACCUGGAAAUGCAAGGCAGGCCACCCAAUACCUAAUGGAUAUGUGGGAAGAUGGAUUGUAUUGCAGAAAAAUCAACAGAACUAAGAAGCAGUAGUAAGGCUUGAGCUGCUGCAAGUGAAAAAUAUGCACUAAUAAAUCUGGCUUUGCUACAAGCA